UGAUGGAAGUGAGACAAUCCAUGGCUACUGGCGGUCUGCAGACGAAUUUUGAGGAGAUCUAGACCAAGCGAAGCAAACGUUCCCACUCAUUCCCGAGCUUGCCUGCGGUUAUACAGCAGCGAUGACGACUGUCCUGCAUGAUGCUGCUGACUAUUACACCUGGAUGGUGGAAAAUGGAGAUCCACGCACAGAUCCAUGGUUCCUGGUGUACAGCCCCCUCCCUAUCUUUGUUCUGUUUGUCCUGUAUGUACUACUCUGUGUCUAUGGGCCAAGGGUCAUGGAGAAGAGACAACCCUUCAACCUCAAGACCAUCAUCAUUCCAUACAACUUUGCCCUAGUGGGUUUGUCUGCGUACAUGUUUUAUGAGUUUCUUGUGACAGCUUGGUUGUCUGGAUACAGCCUAAAGUGCCAACCCGUGGACUAUUCCACCAACGAUCUUCCUAUGAGGAUGGCCAGAGUAUGCUGGUGGUUUUUCUUCUCCAAGGUUAUUGAGUUGAUGGACACAGUGUUCUUCAUCAUGCGGAAGAAGUCUAACCAGGUGACAUUCCUGCAUGUGUAUCACCACUGCACCAUGAUCAUCAACUGGUGGUUAGGGGUCAAGUAUGUAGCCGGGGGACAACCCUUCUUCCUUGCCAUGUUGAAUUCUUUCAUCCACACUGUCAUGUACCUGUACUACGGCAUGGCUGCCAUCGGACCACACAUGCAGAAGUACCUGUGGUGGAAGCGGUACCUUACCUCCAUGCAGCUAAUGCAGUUUGUAGCCAUCCUGACCCACACGACCGUGAACUUCUUCUCAGACUGUGAUUUCCCACAGGGUUUCAACAUUGCUGUCAUGGCCUACAUGGUGUCACUCAUUAUUCUCUUUGGCAACUUCUAUUACCAGGAAUAUGUGAAGAGAGCCAGGCAGAAGAAGCAGUAAGCUGUGGGCAUUUCAUACUUGCAGAACUCUUUUAAACCUCAGUCCCAUCUACCAGAG